AGGUGGUCAUAAUUUUAGGCGACACCUAUCAGUACAAAGAUGGCUGCGCCCAUCGAAGCUUUAUACCAGCAUGCUGAUUGAGCGUGAAUCCUGAUGUAUGUAUUUUUCAAGGCUUGACUGUUGUGCUGCCCAAGAGUGGAUGUUGGUGAAUUAGGCAGUUAUGACGGUGAAAACGAGCAAUGCCGUUGUGAUGAGGGGUGAUGCUCCUCCGCCAACAGGAAGUCCACAGACCUGUAGGAUGAGUUUGGCCCUGAUGACAGAGUUGGGGGCAAACUUGGUCUCCCUUGUCCAGAUCACAGACAACUUCCAACAGGCCAUUUGUCGAUUGAGAGUGGCUGACAGUAUAUUUGGCAAUUAUAUUGAAUAUCAUCCUACCGUGUUCCGCAGCUGGCCAGAAUCAAAAGAAAUAUCAGACAGUAAGAAAACGUUAUUACCAGUGAAAUGUAAGGAAUGUUCUUCCUCAGGAGAUGACCUGAAUAAAGAAAACUGGAGGCAACCUCAAACUUGUGAUAACAAUUUAACAUCUACUUCUCAAAGUUGUUGUAAUUUUGAACUGCUCAAUACAACCUUAGCAGAUUAUGUAGAAGUUUGUGUUGUGACUAGUAUAGAGCAUGUAAAAAAAAUGAAAAAUAAAUUAAAAACUAACUCCAAAUAUUUAGAAGAUAUCUGUAAUAAUUUAUUGUGUAAUUUUGGCAUUAAGGAAAAUUUCACAGUUGAUUUUCAAGUUUCCUUAUUAGCAAAGCUAUACAAUAUUUCUCAUCUAAUAAUCAAACACUGUGAAGGAGGGGAGUGUGAACAGGAUACAAAUGCUUUCAUGGUAGGAACACAAACAGUAAUCCGUGUGACUGAUAUACAGAGUACAGAACGAUACACAAGUGGAUUGUCCUCUACGGCAAGCCCUCUCGGAGGCCUGGAGGAAAUUGCUCGGGAGCUUAUAGAAACAGUUAAAAUCCCUGUAACUUUGGCGGGGUGUUUGGGUAAAGCUGCAGUGAGACCUGUUAGUGGGGUGCUGCUAAGGGGACCCCCUGGCACCGGCAAGACCUCACUAGUCAGGUAUGUGGCAAGCCAGACAGGGGCUCACCUGGUCACCAUUAACGGCCCAGAAGUGUUUGGUUCCCGCCCAGGCCAGACAGAGGAAGUGCUACAAAAGAUAUUUGAAAGGGCAGUUUUGUUUUCUGAAGAAGGGCUUUGUAUUUUGUUUAUUGAUGAAAUAGAUUCUUUGUGUCCAAAGACGAGGCCAGGGGAGGCAAUGUCAGACCAGAACGCGUCCGGCUUACUGUUUAACUUCCUGGAUAGCCUUCAUGAAACUCUCUCCCUGGUUGUGAUUGGGGCAACUAACAGACCGGCAUCUCUCGACUCUGCACUGCGACGACCAGGAAGACUUGACAAGGAGAUCAUGAUGAACGUUCCAUCCUAUCAACAACGAGUAUCUAUCCUGGAGGUUCUUAUUGACAAGCUUUCAGUGGGAAGUGACAUCGACAUCAACAAGUUGGCUCGAAUGACUAACGGUUACGUAGGAGCAGAUCUGACAUCUCUGUGUCAUGAGGCAGUGUACAGUGCUAUGUCAGAGGUCAGCAGUGGAUCAGAUAUGGAGGAGAGAGGUCCCAUCCAAAUGAAGCAUUUCCUGUCUGCUGCCAAGUCCAUUACUCCCUCCACACAGAAAGGUUCUGAAGGACUGAUAGAUGCACCGCCAGUACUCUGGGAGAAUAUAGGGGGUCUGGAGGCCACCAAGCUCCAGAUCAGACAGGCGAUUGAGUGGCCGAUCCAGCACCCUGAAGCAUUCAGCAGAAUAGGUCUGCCCUGCCCCAAAGGAGUCCUGCUGUAUGGACCCCCAGGGUGCUGUAAAACUACCCUGGUGAGGGCUGCAGCUACGUCCUCAGGGGCCACGUUCCUGUCCCUGAGCGGGGCACAGCUGUACUCCCCCUACGUAGGCGACUCAGAAAGGAAGGUCACUGAGAUUUUCCAGAGAGCACGAGCCGGUGCUCCGUCCAUCCUCUUCCUGGACGAGAUUGACUCCAUCAUUGGCAAGCGGUCAGACUCAUCCAGUCAGCGUAGUGUCCAGGAGCGAGUACUGUCCACUCUUCUCAAUGAGCUGGAUGGUAUUGGUAUCAGAAUGGAUGACCAAGUGGUGGGUGGGGCCAAAGUUCUGGAGGGAGAUGUGUGUCCAGAUGAGAGUGGUCAAUGCAGCAGAAAGAGAAACAGUGUUCGUGAGACCUUAGACAGGAGGAAUGUGGUAGUUGUGGCUGCCACAAACCGCCGAGACCUCCUGGACGAAGCUCUGGUCAGACCUGGCCGCAUGGACAGGAUCCUCUAUGUACCUCCUCCUGACACUCAGGCUCGGAGACAGAUCCUAAACAUCUAUACCAGACACAUGCCUGUACAGGAUGUUGACCUAGACGGCAUUGCCAUGGCGACAGAGAACUAUACUGGAGCAGACCUAGAAAAUCUCUGUAGGGAGGCAGCACUGAAAGCAUUAACAGUGGAUUUACGUGCAGAUGUAGUGAAAAUGGAACACUUUGAAAGUGCAUUAAAAAUUGUAAAACCUUCCCUCACUGGAAACAUGAUACAGAAAUCCCAACCUACAAAACCAUGGAGCUUUUGUCCAAAGGAACACUGAUGAUGUUAAGGGCAUUGUGUAAAAUUCAAGGAAGGACAACGGCACCAAAGUUAAAUUUCAUCAAAACCUUGUACUCCGGGAAGGUUUAGCUGCAAUAACAUAGCUUCUGACAAUGAGACAAUUUUAACAUAUCGCGUCGUCAGACCGGGCACAAGAGGCCGAUUAUCAAUAUUAAUACAAAAUUUUACUAAAUAUAAUAUUAUGUGUGGUAACGGUCAUGAUGUGUUUCGUCAUACUCCGCCCGUCAAUAAGCACGGUAGUACAGUGGUAGGACGCCGGGCGUGUGACCGAAGUGUUGCGGGUUCGCGCCACGGCAUCCUUG